AUGGAGGACAAGGGCAAAGGAACGGACAGAUGGACCGGCGCCGUUGCCAAUCUAACUGAGAUGGCUUCCAACUUGGAGUCAUUCCAGAAGCUUUUACUCAAGAAAGCCGUCUAUGUCGACGACGAGACGGAUGAGUUCAAGGAUUCAGUUUCUCCUGUACAAAAGACAAAUAUCUGGGACCUCAUUGAACCUCAUUGGGCUUUUGUUCUUGAUCAAAGGGUUGAGACUUUGGAAAGGGAACUUGAUGCUGCUAUCACUGCUGCUGCUCAUGCUCGUUCAGAAAAACGUCAGGCUGAGGCAGCACAAAAAGCUGCUGAAGUACACGUGCAGGAGGUCACUCGAGAGCUCGAGAACACUACAAAGGUAUUUCAACUGCAUAUGGAUGAAUUGCGCGCAAAGCAGGAAGAAAUCAAUAAACGUGAUAAGGAUAUUAAGCUCUUGGAAGCAAUAAUUCAGACUCUUGGAGGGAAAAAAUGACGUUCAGCAAAUCUGUGAGGAUUUGGUUUCUAUAUUUAGAGCCCUGGUACCUUUUUCUUUUCUUUCAGUGUAAAUUUUUUUAUGGAUAAUCUGACUGAGCUUAAUUAGGAACAUAGUGUAUAUUAUAUUAUUUUGAAUUCGUAGAGACGUGUCUUGUUUAUAAAACAUGGAUAAAUAAAAUUCAAAUCAUUUUUUAUUGGAUAAAAUUUGCGAGUUAUUUCCUACCAAUGUCUUCUACUCUGAUAGUAAAUGAAAAUUGGAAUUGUACAAAGUUUUAGUUCUUGUG